UUUGCUGUUUUAGUCUCCCAUGCGUCGCAUUUUCCUCCGUCCUCCGAGCUCUCUGUUGCCCGCCAACGCCCGUUUCGAAGCCCUCCGUUCCCACUCCCACCACCAACUGCUCGACGAAAUUCCUAUUAGAAGAAGCCAUGUCGGAGCCAUCGUCUCCCAACCGCUCGAAACCAUCCGCGAUCGGCUCCGGUUCCACCUUGGCCUCGACCCCACCACGGUCGCCAUGGCCCUCAGGAAAUGCCGGGGCAAACCAGGUCUCCAGAUCCACGGUCUCAUGGUCUCCUCCGGGCUCGACUCCUUCCUCCCGGUCUCCAACUCCCUCAUGAACAUGUACGCCAAGUCGGGAUCCUUGGACCUGGCUCGGAAACUCUUCCAGGACAUCCCCAAGCCGGACGUCGUUUCCUGGAACACCAUCCUUUCCGGGUUCACCUCUGGCAUCGAAGCACUGGAGUUCGUCACGGAGAUGCGUCGAGCCGGAGUCUCUCUGGAUGCCGUGACCUUCACCAUGGCUCUUUCCUUCUCUGCCGACCUUCAGGAUCUGGAAUCCGGACAGCAGCUGCAUGCCUUCGUGUUCAAGUCCGGGUUCGGUUCUGAUACCUUCGUAGGGAAUGCACUCAUCACAGCUUAUGCGAGGUGCCAAUGCAUCAAGGAUGCUGGCAGAGUGUUUGAUGAAAUGAUAGUCAGAGAUCUGGUUUCGUGGAACUCGUUGCUCUGCGGGCUUACCCAAGAAGGGAACUGUGGGUUGGAAGCGAUUCAGGUGUUUCUUGAGAUGGUGGGAGGAGGAGGGGUGAGACCCGACCGCAUCUCAGUUGCUAGCGUAAUAUCGGCCUGUAGUCACGAGGGAAGCUUGCAGUUUGGCGAGCAGGUCCAUAGCUUCGCAACAAAGGCCGGGCUCGAGGAACAUGUCUCGGUCGCUAACGUUCUCAUGUCGAUGUACUACAAAAACGGGGCUGUUGAUGGUGCCAAGAGGGUUUUUGAGGAGAUGAAGGAAAGGGACGUAAUUUCAUGGACGACUAUGAUUUCUAUCGAUGCAGAUAAUGCUUUUUCUCUCUUUAAUGACAUGAGAUCGGACGGGAUUCCACCGAAUGAUGUCACAUUUGUUGCGUUGAUCUACGCUGUAUCCUGCAAGCAUUUAAAGAGAGACGCUCAGAUGAUUCAUGGGGUGUGCUUCGUGACGGGCAUCUCGGCAGAGGUGAAUGUUUCAAAUAGUCUUAUAACCAUGUACGCAAAAAUGGGGUCCAUGGAGGACUCGAGGAAGUUGUUUCAAGGCACGAGUCACAGGGAGAUCGUCACCUGGAAUGCUCUGAUCUCGGGCUAUGCCCAGAAUGGGUUAUGCGAAGAAGCCUUGGAGAUAUUCUCGUCUUUGCUCUUCCACUGCAAGCCGAAUCAGUAUACAUUCGGAAGCAUUGUCAGUGCAAUCACCGCAGUGCAAACAUUUUCGCUGAUAUAUGGUCGGAAGUGCCACUGCCACAUUAUGAAGCUGGGUCUCAACACCAAGGAGUACGUCUCUGGUGCCCUUAUCAAUAUGUAUGCAACUGGGAGCAUCGAAGAGUCUCAGAGGGCAUUCGAUGAGACAGUUCAGAAGAGCCUGGUCAGUUGGACGGCGAUAAUUUCAGCCCAUGCGAAACAUGGGAACUACGGUUCUGUGAUGGACCUGUUUGAGGACAUGGUGGCUUCGGGUGUUCAUCCUGAUCAUGUCGCAUUCCUUGCGGUCCUUACAGCGUGUGGCUGCAAAGGGAUGGUGGAUGUCGGUCGCAAAAUUCUUGACUCGAUGGUUCGUGAAUACAAGAUCGAACCAUGGCCCGAGCAUUAUGCUUGCAUGGUGGACAUGCUGGGGCGGGCAGGGAUGUUGGUCGAAGCAGAUGAGCUUGUAAGACGAAUACCAACAGGGCCGGGGCUCUCGGCGUUGCAGAGCUUGUUGGGGGCUUGCAGACUGCAUGGGAAUGUGCAGAUGGGGAAGAGGGUGGCGGAGGCUCUGAUGGAGAUGGAGCCAAGGGAAUCGGGGGCCUAUGUGCUGAUCUCGAACCUGUACGCUGAGAAGGGGGAAUGGGAGAGCGUGUCGAAGAUAAGGAAGGGAAUGAGGGAGAGGGGGGUCAAGAAGGAGGUGGGGUUCAGUUGGGUGGAUGUUGGCAUCAGGGGUUCCAUUUAUAUGCACAAGUUUUCAUCAUAUGAUAAGACGCACCCAUUGGCAGAAGAGAUUCAUAGGGUGGCGGAGAAUUUGGGAUUAGAAAUGAGAAUAUGGGAAGAUGGUGUAGAAAUGGACGGUCGUCUAAAUUAACUGCUGUAGCAACCACUCCGUGGAUGGCAUCAUGAAUAUGAAAAGUUCUUGUUCGUCAUGUUUGUUCCUAUACAAAGGUGUU